AUGCAGAUUUUCGCCAGACUAAACCUCCUUGCCGUCCUCGGCGCGAUACUUGCUGCGAACUACGCGCUAGCGUCUCCUCUCCCUAAUGAUGGUCUGCAAGUUAUGGCGCGGUCCGAUGCGGUUGAGGCGACGGUCUACACUGUCGACGCAGCCGAUUUGGACGCCUUGAUGAAUGAUCCGGACUUUAGCAUCUCUGAUUUCGUCAGCAAGGUCAAAUCUGCUGCAAACACAGUCAAGUCCGCUGCAAACACAGUCAAAGAAGGGAUAAAGACCGCAGCGACAGUUGCGAAGCCUAUUGUUGACACUGCGGCGCAAAUCGCUCAGUUCACCCCGCUUGCUCCGGAAGCCGCUAUCAUAACCAAAGUUGUUGAGUACGUAUCCCUGACGUAG